AUGUCAUCGGGAUUUAUUUCAGCCGGAACCAACGAGCAGCCAAUUGAACGAGACGAUGAGUGGCUCAUCGCGCAGCGGGAAUUGGAGGAGGAGCGGAGGCGGAAGGCCGAGAUAGGGAAGCAGAACGAUGGCAAAAGUCUUUUUGAGGUGCUGGAGCGGAACAAAAUGGCCAAACAGGAAGCCUUUGAGGAGAAAUCCCGUUUGAAAAACCAAUUCCGCUCGCUCGAUGAAGAUGAAGUCGAGUUUCUAGACUCUGUGUUGGAGUCAACACGUGCCCAGGAAGCUGCCGUCAAAAGAGACACUGCGGCUCAGCUCGAAGUCUUCCGCAGACAGCGCGAGGAGGCAGAGAAAGCACUGCUCGAGCAGGCCUCGUCGGAUCCAAACCCCGUGAAACUACAAACAUGGGCUGCACCUACGCGCAAGAGACGGCGUGACAAACAAAGGAAUCUUUUAAUCCCCGGCAAGAAACGCAGAAGUUCGGUCUCAGAGACUCUCCUCGAGCAGGGCACACACAACAGGCAAGACUCGCCGGUACAGCGCGGAGAGGGCAUUUCGAGUACCAUAAAGUCGGAUGAAGAGACCUCCAAGUCCAACCAACCCAAACCUGCUGCUUCUGUAACGGCUCCUGCAAUUAGUGAUCCUACCAUGCAACCUAGGGUGGCGACAGAUACAGAAAAUGGAUCACAGAAGACAAACCCCCUGACGAGCCCUUUAGUUUCGCUUGGGCUGGGAGGAUACGAUUCUGACUCGGACUGA